GACCCCGGCUUGCUUCAGCCACCAUGCCGCGCUCUUUCCUCGUCAGGAAGUCUGCCUGCUCCCGACUGAGGCCCAACUACAGCGAGCUGCACGACUCUUCUCCAGAGUUCACCUUCCAGCAGCCCUAUGACCAGGCCCACCUGCUGGCGGCCAUCCCGCCUCCUGAGGUCCUCAACCCCACGGCCUCACUGCCCACGCUCAUCUGGGACUCUCUCCUGGCACCACAAGCCCAGCCAAUUGGCUGGGCCUCCCUUCUACCCCGGGAGAUCCCCAAGGUUGUUGAGCUGACCUCACUGUCAGACGAGGACAGUGGGAAAGGCUCCCAGCCUCCCAGCCCACCCUCGCCAGCCCUGUCCUCCUCCUCCACCUUAGCCUCUUCCCUGGAGGCUGACGGUUAUGCUGCCUUCCCAGGCUUGGGCCCAUUGCCCAAGCAGCGGUCCGGGCUCUCAGGGGCCAAGGACCCCCGGUCUCGCAAGGCCUUCAACUGCAAAUACUGCAACAAGGAAUACGUCAGACUGGGUGCCCUCAAGAUGCACAUUCGAAGCCACACCCUGCCCUGCGUCUGUGGCACCUGCGGGAAGGCCUUCUCCAGGCCCUGGCUGCUACAGGGCCAUGUCCGGACCCACACCGGGGAGAAGCCCUUCUCCUGCUCCCACUGCAACCAUGCUUUUGCCAACCGCUCCAACCUACGGGCCCACCUCCAGACCCACUCAGAUGUCAAGAAGUACCAGUGCAAGACGUGCUCCCGCACCUUCUCCCGCAUGUCCCUGCUCCACAAACACCAAGAGUCAGGCUGCUCAGGGGGCCCCCGCUGACCCCCACGGCUGCUUCUGCCUCUCCAGACCCUCCCCUUGCAGCGGCCUCCCCCAGCUCUGGAAGGAAGGACCCCUGCAUCCUUCCCACCGCCGUGGAAUUCCCUUCUGAGCUCCCCUUUUGGCUGUUGUAGCUUCACAGGGCGCUGAGGACCAUUUCCAGUGUGUCUGCUUGGGGGGCCUCGGUUGGCUCUGUGGACGGCUGAUGGGAGGGUGGCCCCUUCUGGCAGCCACUGCUCCCCAGCGAGCGUUCUGGAGUUGGCCUUGAUGUGUGGGCUUGUGUAUCCAAAACUGUUUGGAUACAGCUGCUUUGAGCUACAGGACAAAAGCCAACAGACUGAUAGAGGCUCCCACCCCACUCAGGGGACCCCACUCCUCCCCACCCCAGAAACCCUCAGGCCACCUCUCCAGGAGGUGUGAGUAACUGCAGCGAUCCACCCCGGGGGUGUCCACGGGGCCUGGGGGGCGGUCUCUGACACAAGGACAUGUCUAGACCCCAGGAUGCCCCAGGCC